AUGGAGAUGGCUAGGGUGGCGUGGCGAAAUACCGCGGUGAUCAUGCGCAGCUUGGGUCGCCGAGUGCCAGUGGAGUGGAUUAGCCGGGAGCUGCGGGUGGCCGAAAAGCUCGACUACGAUGUCGAGGAGUUCCUGAUAGUGGACGAGACUUUUGCCUUCCGAUUUCGGAGUGAGAGGGAUCGGGAGGCAACUAUGGAGGCCAGACCUUGGCUGGUGGCCAGUCAGCUCCUUGCCAUAAAGUGCUGGCAGCCAAACUUCGUUCCGGGGGCCGGUCAGCUGUGCCGGGUUGUUGUUUGGCUUAGGUUGCCAAGUCUGUCGAUGGAGUACUGGGCGAAGGAGAUGAUUUGGGACAUAGCGGCGAAGGCUGGCCGACCCUUGGCACUGGACAAAGUCACCGACCAACUAGGCUUCACCCAUGUCAAAAUUGAGUUGGAUGCGCAUGUGCCGAUCCGGUCUGGGACCUUCAUCCAGGUUGGUUCCGACCUACACUGGCAGGCAUUUCGCUAUGAAAACCUUCCUAUUUUUUGCUACAAGUGCGCCCGACUUGGGUACGAAGAGGGGCCUUGCCCCUUUCCUCCCACGACUUCAGCGACGUUCGGAGAACCGGAAGAUCAUCGUACGCAGCAGAUUGGGACAGAGGAGUUUCCACAGGAGCCGACACCUGAGUUGAAGGAGGGGGACGAGUUGGUGAGCCGGCUUCCCUUCGGUCCAUGGUUGACAACUACCAAGAUACGGCAGCUGAAGUCGAACAAGUCGGUGAAGAAGCCGACCGCAUCGAAGGCCGACCGAACGCAGGUGCAGAAGCCCUCUUAA